GUUACUUGGCAUUCUGGGACACAAACAGUGGUCUGUAUGAAUAGCUUCGACAUCGACAGCAUCCACUCAGGAGAGAGGACGACGAGUGAAACAGCAACAGCAGCUAGCCUGGAGACAAAGAGCAAACUGGGCUUUCACAUCCGGCUUGUGAGUCCUGUUUGUCGCUCUGGUGUCCGGGAGAGGCGGCUCUGAAAGGCCGGUGGCGGUGGUUUUAGUCUCGAGAUUGCACUGUUGGACUUUAUCCUCGCAGAGAGCUAGUUAGCUAACGGCGGAGAGUAAGUUAGCCACGCAGUGAUUUGUGCUGGUGAGUUAUCGCUAAAACUUGAUGUGAAUGCUGGGGGAGUCCUGAAAGUUGAUGUGGAUAGCACAGGCUCUCCCCUUGUCAUGCAGACCCAUCUUUGUCGUGUCCCUCCGGCCACUGACUCAACCUUGUCCUGAGCGAAGUGAUAACAACUCUGAAGAUGGCGAGUGCUUUAGACAGCGACUACAAAACUGACAACAUCAAGUCACUGCGCUGGCACGCUACACAGCUGGUGUACCCGAGAUAAACCGCUAACACGGGUUAAGUUGGGCAGUUAAUGUAAUGGCAAAAGGUUACCUGUAUGCCCUACUAUGCCAGUGCAGUAACAGCACCAGAGCAAUGGACUACUACUUAUGCUGAAGCCAUCGUCUGCGAAGUUUGUGAUUACUUGUCUCUGUUGAGAUGGACUUUGACUGUGUUUAGACGCUUUCUAGGAGCCUGUAACAUAACAGCUGCUUCCAGGUCAAUCUGAGCUCCACUGCUGGUCCCCAGAGGCUGUUUGAGGACCGACAUGUCAAUGUCAGGGGCUACGACCGUGCAGCUUUUCACCAAGCUUGUAAAGCACGCAGUGGGCAAGACGCAGAUCCAGCUGAACCGCUGGCUGCAGAAGACCUCCACGGACGAGUGUGACAAAAUCGACAUCCUAAUAUGCAACGCUUUUGAUGAGAGGGGGACUGGCUUGGGGAAGUCGGAUGGUGUUCCCGAGGCCAGCGUUGACGCAGGGGGGACGACCUUCACCGGUGGUGCAGAGUUCAGACACCCGUGUUGUAUCACCACCUUCUGUUUUAAAAGCGCCCUGCUGGCGUGCAUCCUCACUGCUGUGUGCUUCUCCUCGGUGGCUCUGGUACGCCAAUACCUCAAGGACCUCCUGCUCUGGGUGGAGAGUUUGGACAGCUUUGUUGGAGCCAUGCUCUUUAUAGUUGGUUUGAUUAUCGUGUCCUUUCCAUGUGGAUGGGGAUAUAUUGUUCUUAACGUGGCUGCUGGCUACCUCUACGGCUUUGUGCUGGGCAUGGGACUAGUUAUGGUGGGGGUUCUAAUAGGGACCUUUGUGGCACACGUGGUGUGCAAACGACUGUUGACUGACUGGGUGCUGAACAAAGUUGGAAACAACGAACAGCUCAGUGCCGUCAUACGCGUGGUGGAAGGAGGAAGUGGACUCAAAAUUGUGGCCUUAGCAAGACUCACCCCCAUACCUUUUGGACUCCAAAAUGCAGUUUUCUCGAUCACAGAUGUGUCCUUGCCAAACUACCUGGUGGCCUCCUCUGUGGGCCUGUUGCCCACACAGCUUCUAAACUCCUACCUGGGCACCACACUUCGUACUAUGGAGGAUGUCAUCGCUGAGCAAAGCGUCAGCGGCUACUUCGUUUUCAGCCUGCAGAUCAUCAUCAGCAUCGGCCUGAUGUUCUACGUCGUGCAUCGGGCUCAGGUAGAGCUCAACGCAGCCAUCGCCGCCUGCCAGAUGGAGCUGAAGUCGUCGCACAUGAACGGCUCCUCCACCAAUCACAGCAGCUUCACCUACUGCAGCAAGAGGGUGACAGCUGGAAGCGGAAACUGCAUCAACAUCGUGUGAUCUCGAAUCGCCGCACGUGGCUGUAGCAGCCACGACCUGGUCACUCAAUUGUAACGCACGUAUCCUUGAGGGAACCAGCACAGUUCAGCUGGUGUCCCAAACACGCCGGCGGCGUACUGCAGCGAUCGUCCCGGCAUCAGUGUACGCCUGUAGUCGGUGUGGAAGUGCGGGACCACGCGCCUGAUAAUGGUGCUGAUGAACGUGGUACGUCAUAAUGGUAGUUUAUUUGUUUUCUGUUAAUGGUACUUUUUCACAUUUGUUACAUGAGAUGUCUGCGGAAAUGUGACGAUCUCAUGGCAACCUGCGAAAUAGUCACGAUAUUUAAUCCUUUUUUUUUGUGCUCAUGUAGAACUUCAACUUACAAAGUCCACACUGGGAGGCGGGAGAUGGUGGCAGUGGCAUGAGUUAAUCAUACACUUAUUGAGACUGUAGUUUGAAUGCUGGGCAGGAGCAGAGCUUUCAGACUCUGUUUUAUUACCUUUACACUUAAGAUGUUUGCUUUCUUUUACUGCGGUUUGGCACCAAAAGCACUAACAAAAUAAUAGUUUGGGUUAAAAUGCAAAGUUUGUUUUCUACAUGAUCUAACGUGACUGUUUCACUUUUGCCAUGUGGGUGGGCAAAAAUAUGGCGGGUAGCACAGUGAGCGAGUUUUAAAGUACAUGGCAGGAAAUGAAAUGCCUGCUUUUUUUUUUCUGAAUGUGCAGGUCCUUUCAAAGGAACCGAUUUUACUUUUGAUUUCAGUGUCAAAAGAACACCAGCCUAUGCACCUUUAAGUAUACCUGUUUCUAUUUUAUUUCAGGUGAUUGAUUUUGCUUAUUUGCAGUAUGAGUAAUAAAGGGCAUUAUUAAUAUUUUUGAAUUAUUUGGCAUUUUAAUUAUGGUUCCCUUUUUUUAAGUGUCUUAUUUUUGGACUAUGGAGAAGGCGGGAACACUCCCAGUGCGCGUAGGCUUUCAGUUUGAGCACCUCCUGCAGGUUUGAGAGGAGAGCCGGGAACUUUAUAAUCCAAUAUGUUUAACUCAGAGCCGCACACCCUGCGAGCGAUUCCCGCAUCGUUGGUGAUCCAUUUUGAUUUUUCGUUAAUGUUCGUUUUACUUUUGUUUUUGUUUUUGCUGUGAGAUUUUUCUUUUUCUGGAGAAUUAUAGUUGUUUUUUUUUUCUCUUUUCUUUAAAAUGGUUGAUUUGAUAAAUCAGUGCAAUACAUCUAAGAACGAAACUGCAAGAAUGUCACAUUUCAGUGCUGAAACCAAACUAAUAAGAAAUGCUGUCAUGCAUACGACAUAACACAAACCCAAGUCUGUGUGUUAUUUGGGGUUUAUCUUACUUAGAUUACAGAGAUGUGAGCUCGAUGAGAUAAAGAAGCUUUUAUUUUUUUAAUGUGCCGUGAAUUGAGGAAGCUUAUGAGACGUUAUGACCCCGGCCUCGCCUGAGGUGAGGCUGAGUGCAACUUAAGACUUUUUACUUGUUGGUGGUGAUGGACAUGACCUGGUAACUUCUCAUGCUGUAGGUUUGUUUGCACAGUCCACUACAGACAAACAUUAUUUUCAUACAGAUGAACUACAAAUGGGUUUGGUUGGUCAAAAGGAAAACUGGAUGUGUCAUAGAAGCUGACAAUCAAACACAACACUGACACCAAGGGAUGAAUGUGAUACUACUUUUUAUUUUUUACAUUUAUUGUGAUGCUGCUCCUCAGACCAAGUCUGAUAGAGGAAUAUUAAGGGCUCCUAUUUAAAAGAUUAAAAAAAAUUACACAUCUUAAUGUUCCUGUAGUUGUUCACAAAAAGCCUGCUUUGUGAUGCUGGUGCAACUUUUUGUUUUGUUUUUAAUUUUAAUUUUUGUACCUUUUUGUUCUUCUUAACGCCAGAAACUGUCUUCACCCGAACACAUUCCAUGCUGUCAGUCGACUGGCAAGCUGUAGAGUUACUUUCACACUAAAUGUUGGUUUAAAGGGCCCCUUCCGGUUUGAAUUUAGCAAUAAUUUUGACAGUUUAAAGCAAAAAAGCCCAUACCAGUAUGUACCAGUAAGCUCUUUAGCCAAGUGAGGGGAAUCGCUUAGUCAGGUUAUAACGUGAACAAAAAGCUGCAUUUAAGUUAUUUGAUCUAUAUUCCAGAGUAUCACCUUUCCCAGGUUUGUAUUUCAGUGUUGAGCCUGCCUUUUACCUCCCGCUGCCUCUUUGACAGACAUCUCUGAGUUGCCUAUGAUUUGAAAGAGACGUCACGAGACACGCUGGUAUCUGUGAUCAGAACAGCUUGUUUGGUAUUGGGAGAGUCCCUGAAAUGACUGACUGCUUGCACACAGAUCACACGAACAUCUUUAUCGUCAGAUUGAAACACUUUUACAGCUUCUUACUUGAAUUGACCGUUUACGUAUAGAGGGAGAGAGGGGAACAUGUCUUACAACUGAUAGCUUGUGAAAAAAAAAAUCACUUAACACUUAGUCAUGUUUUAAAAGCACGGAAAUGUGGUUUGUUUUAAAGUCUUAGAUGUCCCCUAACAGAGACUCUCCUGAAACGUAGCAUGAUUAAUGAAGUUGUUCUACUCGGAAGUGGUGUUUUUUUUUUUUUUUUUUUUUUUUGGUUUGUUUGGGGUUUUUUUGUCUGUGUGUUAAAUUUUGUUUUUGUCAUGUUUAAUGCAAAAAUCAAACAUAUAAAUGAAGCUCGAUUGGCCACCGUGGGGACACGUCAUUACGUUUAAGCGUCUCACCUGGGAACUCAGAUUGUGCAAAAAUUUAGUUUUACACUUAAAGGCUUUGGUUCUUCCUACGUGGGCUCUACUUAACUUUAGAUAUAGUUAUGCAACAACUGAUUCCUAAGGGAAGUAUGUUUCAUAGACACCCAUAUAAGACCUGGGUUUGGGAUGCAGGUGUUAUACCGAGUGAGGGAUCAUUAACCUAAAGGGCCGUGAGGUCAUGUGUGGUGCUAUGAAAUGUAAUACUUCCCCAUCUGUAUCAAGUGCAUUACACAUAUACUGUAUUUUGUAAUACAGAGAAUUUUACAGUGUAUAAAUGUUAUUUAUCACUGUACAAUGCUUGUUCAGUGUUAUUUAUGAAAGAGAAAAUAAAACUAGACAGUUUGUUAUAA